AUGAGAGAAGUCAUCUCCCUCAACGUCGGCCAGGCCGGUUGCCAGAUCGCAAACUCAUGCUGGGAGCUCUACUGCCUCGAGCACGGCAUCCAGCCCGAUGGCUACCUCACUGAGGAGCGCAAGGCCAAGAACGACGACCACGGCUUCAGCACCUUCUUCUCCGAGACUGGCCAGGGCAAGUACGUCCCGCGCACCAUCUACGCCGACUUGGAGCCCAACGUUGUCGACGAGGUUCGCACCGGCACCUACCGCUCGCUCUUCCACCCCGAGUACAUGGUCACCGGCAAGGAGGAUGCCUCGAACAACUACGCCCGUGGUCACUACACAGUCGGAAAGGAGCUCAUCGACCAGGUCCUCGACAAGGUCCGCCGUGUCGCCGACAACUGCUCCGGUCUGCAAGGUUUCCUCGUCUUCCACUCGUUCGGUGGAGGAACAGGUUCCGGUUUCGGUGCCCUGCUGAUGGAGCGUCUGUCCGUCGACUACGGCAAGAAGUGCAAGCUCGAAUUCUGUGUCUACCCUGCGCCGCAGGUCGCCACCUCGGUUGUCGAGCCCUACAACUCCAUCCUCACAACUCACACCACCCUGGAGCACUCUGACUGCUCCUUCAUGGUUGAUAACGAGGCCAUCUACGACAUCUGCCGCAGGAACCUUGGCAUUGAGCGCCCCAACUACGAGAACCUGAACCGUCUCAUCGCUCAGGUCGUCUCCUCCAUCACUGCCUCGCUCCGCUUCGACGGUUCCCUCAACGUCGACUUGAACGAGUUCCAAACCAACCUGGUCCCUUACCCCCGUAUCCACUUCCCUCUCGUGGCCUACGCUCCCGUUGUCUCAGCCGCCAAGGCCGCCCACGAGGCCAACUCGGUCAUGGAGAUCACCAACGCCUGCUUCGAGCCUAACAACCAGAUGGUCAAGUGCGACCCUCGCAACGGCAAGUACAUGGCCACCUGCCUGCUCUACCGCGGCGACGUCGUCCCCAAGGACACCCACGCCGCCAUCGCCCACCUCAAGACCAAGCGCACCAUCCAGUUCGUCGAUUGGUGCCCCACUGGUUUCAAGAUCGGUAUCUGCUACCAGCCUCCCCAGAACGUCCCCAACGGCGACCUCGCCGGCGUCAACCGCGCCGUCUGCAUGUUGUCCAACACCACAGCUAUCAGCGAGGCCUGGUCCGCUCUGUCGCACAAGUUCGACCUUAUGUACUCCAAGCGCGCCUUCGUCCACUGGUACGUCGGUGAGGGUAUGGAGGAGGGCGAGUUCUCCGAGGCUCGUGAAGACUUGGCUGCUCUCGAGCGCGACUACGAGGAGGUUGCUGCCGAUUCCCUUGAGGGUGACGACGGUGUCGAGGCUGAAUACUAA